UCCAAGCGUCUCCAUGCUCUCUAACUGACCACCAGAGAGUCUGUUUCCCUUGUUUGCAAAACAAAAGCGACUGGCGAAGGAGCAGCAGUUUUUACGCAAAGGAUCUCCCGUAACACAAGCAACCCUUUGACUGUUAUGCAAUUCCCCAAGGUUUGCAGGAUGAGCCCGGAGUAUUUGAAAUCUCACUGAAGCACCUGUGGGGCUGAUGCUUUGCUAGAUAGAGAGCAUUUCGCUCUAAUGCUUAAGGGCGCGACCAUGGAGAAUGUCCGGAAAGUUCUGGUGCAUCUCUCCAAAGAGAACAGCCGGCCGCAGCGCGCCAACUUUCAGCAGAGCAUAGUUGGUCACUUCUGUGCUGCAUGCAAAGACAGCUUGAUGGUGAACUGUGGCCUGAACCAACACCAGUUCCUCAUUUCAGAUACGGCGUUUGCUGGCUCCAGGCAAGUCCUUCUGCAGAGGCCGCCUUUCUGCCCCAUCAAGCAUUUGAGUGAUGCACAAGCCGCUUUGCUCCCUGCAGAGACCCGAGAUCGAGGUGUGGAUGUGGGCGUGGCCGUCCUUCUGCAGUCUGCCAGCCAGAAGGUUUUGUUGACGCGGCGGGCCAAGGACCUGAGCAUCUUUCCUAACCUUUGGGUCCCUCCAGGUGGUCACAUUGAACCUGGUGAACAGUUGCUGGAUGCUGGGCUAAGAGAACUGCAAGAAGAGACAGGCUUGUGCCUGCAGGCUGGGGAGUUCUCCUGGAAAAUGCUGGCCCUCUGGGAGUCUGUAUACCCUCCUAUGCUGAGCAGAGGCUUGCCAAAGCGCCACCACGUGGUCGUCUACCUCCUGCUGCUUUCCCCUGAGAACCAUCAACAGCUGCAGAUGCGAUUUAAACCAGAUGAGGCUGAAGUGAGUGCAUACACCUGGCUGGAACCCCAAGUCCUGGCCUCUGUUGCUGCUACGGAGGAUGGAGCCAGACAUACCAUGAAGGUAGCUGGUGAUCUUCCUCAAGUUAUCAGAAUCACAGAACUAGAGCAUGGCUCAGCAAAGACCACGACGAUUCCUACUGCAACUUUCCUCAACACUGCUCCACCAGAAGGCGAGGAUGUGGAACGAGUCAGCACUGGGACCAAGUUUGCCAUUCGGCUCUGGCUCGACACUUUAGCACCACAGACUGAGUGAGCGGGAAAGCUCACUGAUGCGAGUUUAGAGAGAAAAAUAACAAUUGGGGAGAGUUCCAAGAUGGUGGUGACCAAAUGUAGAUACGCCUGGCCUAGGCUGUACCAUUCUGUACCACCAAAAGCCGGCUGCCCUUGUGCAUUUAUGGCACCUUCUAGUUGGGAACUGUGUAUUUCAGAUUUACAGUUACCGAAUAGACAAGAUACAGGCUAACAUGCAAUUGCAAGGGACUGCUAAUGGUACUGACUGCAGACGUAGAUGGGGUUCUGUGGGAGGGUCAUUAUCUCUGUUGUGCAAAGAAUUAAA